ACAACUCCGUUUAUUUCAACCACGUGCUCUUAUCUUGAGUACAGUUCUGUGAAGAUGAGCAGGACUGGUGGCGGUAAGAAGCUGAAAGGGACCGGAGGGAGUACUAGAGUAGACAGGAGCCGCCAGAGGGUCUCUUCUCCUGGUGGGGCUAAGAGUAAAGGAAGCAGUAGCAGGAAGGUUUCUCUACCGUUCCUCAUAGCCUCUGGAGUGGGCGUGGCUCUAGUAUCAGUAUUGAUUGCUGUGUGUGUACGCUGGGCUAUGACAUCAUCACUGAAUCAACCAAUCGGAUUGCCUCGCGUCAUUAACGAUGAAAUGAUGGGAGGGGCCCAGUACAAGGAGAGACUGUGGGGGAGCUACAGAUCAAACGUCUAUUUUGGAAUGAGACCACGAUUGCCACGGUCUUUAGUGGUUGGAAUGGCCUGGAUGUAUGGCCUGGCCACACCCACUGGUGAAGUAUCUCUAUAUAUUCGUCACACAUGUCAACAUGCUGAUAAUCUUGGGAGGUAUGGGUGGGGCCAGCAUGAUGGAAGGAGCUUUGGACAGCAAGAAAUAACAGACUCUUAUAUGAAACUCUCCACCAGUUUUAUCAUCAACACGUUACCAGGAGCACUUGGUGAAUCAUGGACUGCCAGGAUCAGGGCAGACUCUCGCUCGUCUGAAAAUGCGACAAUAUCAUUAUUGUUCUAUGUAUUUAAUGAAGGGACGGAAGAAUUGAGUUUUGAAUUAGGAAACUCUGGAAGCACUAUUGAAAGUAUUACUGGAGACAUUGAUACGAUUGGUAACUUUAGGAUUAAUUUCACACCAACCGUUGCUAGGCAACCGUAUUACAGUUACCUAGCAACCGAUCUUAACAAGAUCAGUCUGUUAUCUCAUUUUAUUGAGACGGUACUGAAGGAGGGGCGGAGUCCAUUGUUCCCUGGAGAGCGAUACAUAUUUGACUCUAAGAAAACAAAACUAGUCGUGUAUCAGAUGCAUGGUCAGUUGCCGUUGGAGUUUGAGGUCACGUAUUCAUCAGGGGAACAGGUUCCGCUGGUCGGGGAGAGGUUUAGAGAGGAACUGGCUAAAUAUUCAAAUUAUUUUAAUAAGAAAUUUGAAGAAACGUUCAACCUUAAAGAAAAGGGAUUCUCUGAUGAUAUGAUAGUUUUUGCACAGUCAGCAUUUAGUAACUUAAUUGGAAGCAUUUCGUACUUUUAUGGAGAAUCACUCGUAAUGGCUCCUGGUAUGAAGAAACCAAUAAAUUAUUUCCCAGCCCCACUAUACACUGGGGUCCCUUCUCGUUCAUUCUUUCCUCGUGGUUUCCUCUGGGACGAAGGAUUCCACCAGCUACUAGUAACACAAUGGGACACUGACAUUGUAAAGGACGUAUUGGGUCACUGGUUGGAUAUGCUCAAUGCUGAUGGUUGGAUCCCUAGGGAGCAGAUAUUGGGGGAAGAGGCUCUUAGCAAAGUACCUGAGGAGUUUGUGGUUCAGUACAGCAGCAAUGCUAAUCCUCCAGCACUGUUCCUCACUGUGGAGGCACUGGUGGAUAGGAUGGAAGGAACUAAUAAACUGAUGGAUGUUAAUUAUUUAAAGAGAAUAUAUCCAAGAUUAGAAGCAUGGUAUAACUGGUUUAUUAGGACGCAGAAAGGCCCAAGGCCCUUCACUUAUCAGUGGAAGGGAAGGAAUGGCUCCACUUUCAGUGAACUGAACCCAAAGACCCUUACCUCAGGACUGGACGACUACCCAAGGGCCUCCCACCCAACCAGUGAUGAGUACCAUAUUGACCUCAGGUGCUGGCUCAGCCUAGCAACUAGUGUAUUAAUUAAAAUUGGAAAUAUCAUUAAAGUUCCUACUGAUGAUUAUAAAGAAUAUUUAAAGUCUUUGAAUGAUUUUGAUACUUUGAAUAAACUUCAUUGGGACACUAAGAGACAGGUAUACAGUGAUUACGGGUUACACACUUCUAGUGUUAAACUAGUUACUGAUAGAGACGCUAAUCCUCCUGUUAAAAUUAGGAAAGUUAUGAAAGAGCCUCGUUUGAAAUUUGUUGACAGUUUUGGUUAUGUUAAUUUGUUUCCAUUUUUGAUGAAACUGUUGCCACCUGAUUCACUCCAGCUGGAGGCUACCCUCACUCAUAUUAAUAAUGAAUCAUUACUGUGGACAGAUUAUGGUUUAAGAUCUUUAUCAAAGUCUGAUCCUUUCUACAGCAAAGCUAACACAGCUCAUGAUAAGCCAUAUUGGAGAGGUGCUAUUUGGAUUAACAUAAACUACUUAACUUUGAAAGCUUUGAAUCAUUACAAGAAUAUAAAAGGACCUUAUCAAGAAAUAGCAGGAAAUAUUUAUAAAAGAUUGAGGAAUAAUAUUAUUAAUAAUAUGUAUACACAAUAUAAAUCAACUGGAUUCAUUUGGGAACAGUAUAACGAUAGGAAUGGAAAGGGCAAAGGUACACACCCAUUCACUGGCUGGUCUUCACUGGUUGUGUUAAUAAUGUCUGAAAAAUAUUAAUAAAAGAAUGGACAAUUAACAAUUAGUAAUAAUAAAUUACAAUACAUUAAUAAAUAUUAGUAUAAUGUUGUUAUUUUGAUGUCGUCAUCAUCUUUUUCUUCUAUUUUUUUCAUGUUGAUGUCAAGUCUGUUACUAAAUAUAGAAC